AUGCAAAGUGGAACGGAGAUGUACUACCAACCGGCACCUCAUAUGUCUACCGGCCAACAGCCGCCCCCGCAGACUGUCACUUCUCACUACGGCCAACAACAACCACCUCUGUUACACCCAGGUCCUCCUCAAUACUCCCCAGCUCCCUAUGGAAGUCAGUACGGUUACGGAAAUGGCCUUGCCUCUCCGCAGACAGGACCGCCCUCGGUGUCAAACCCGAUGGGUGGUGGUCAGCCAGUCCUCCCUCUCCCCGGCGUGAACCAGCCAGGCAUGCCCAACAACGCAUACACGGCCGGCUUCGACACGACUGGCCAAGUCGCGCCACCGGGCAUGAAACCCCGCGUGACAGCAACGCUUUGGGAAGAUGAGGGCAGCCUGUGCUUCCAGGUCGAGGCUCGCGGCAUCUGCGUCGCCCGCAGAGAAGACAACCACAUGAUCAACGGUACCAAGUUGUUGAACGUGGCAGGAAUGACACGUGGGAGACGCGAUGGUAUCUUGAAAAGCGAGAAGGUCAGACAUGUGGUCAAGAUUGGCCCCAUGCAUUUGAAGGGUGUCUGGAUCCCAUUUGACAGAGCUUUGGAGUUUGCCAACAAGGAGAAGAUCACCGAGCUUUUGUACCCCCUAUUCGUGCAUAACAUCAGCUCCCUGCUUUAUCACCCUGCGAACCAAAGUCGGGCCAACCAGGUUUUGACCGCGACGGCAGAGCGCCGGAAGCAGGAUAGUCUGCGCGCAGGUCAACCACCAAAUGGCCUGCCGUCUAUUCAGCAGCAGCCGCAGCACCACCAUCACUCGAUGUCCCUUCCCGGUCCUCAACCUCCUCUCCCAUCGCAUUCCAGCAUGGGCCGCCCCUCGAUUGAUCGCGCGCACCCCUUCCCCACCCCUCCCACCAGCGCUUCCAGUGUGAUGGGUCCUAUGGGUGCCUCUGAGAACUUUCAAUGGAGCCAGCAGAGCAUGAACAACGGCCAGACGAGUCAGAUCUCGAUUGACACCACUUUGAGCAACAAUGCCCGGUCGUUGCCCAACACACCUGCGACCACGCCUCCCGGGUCUACCCUUCAAAGCAUGCAGAAUUACCCCCCGGUCAGCCAACCAUAUGACAGCUCGCGCCAAAUGUACCAGGCACCGCCCCCGCAACAGUCCUCAUACACUUCUGCGAACUCCAGCACCCAGGAAAGAUCCAUCUACGGCCAGUCCAACUACGUAAAAACUGAAAUGGCCCCCCCAGCCGGUCGCGCCACAGGCCAGGGAAACGAGCAGGGUGACUCGAAGCCGCAGAAUGGGCUGAUGCACGGCGAAAACCAACCUGCCUCUGGACAGGAAGAGGAAGCCGACCACGAGCAUGACCCCGAGUACACUCACGACAGCGGGGCCUAUGACGCAAACCGCAACUCGUACAACUACAGCAACCCCCAAGUGGCCUCGUUACCAAACGACCACGCUCAUCUGUCUCCCGAGAUCUCUGGUUCUCCCCACCAAGCUGGUUCCGGAAGAGCGACUCCUAGGACCGCCGCUGCCCCGCAAUCAUACUAUGCCCAGCAAGGUUACCACACACCACCGCGCGCACCCGGUCAACCGUCAAGCAAUCUCUAUAGCGUGAUGAGCAGCGACCGCAAUGCUCCCAACGGAACCAACGGCAGUGACGUCUAUGCCAGCCAGCCGGACAUGAACUCGAUGUCAAACGGCUAUGCGCCCCAACCACCAGUGCUGAACGGCUCAACGUCCUUGAAGCGCGGUAGAGACGACGAUGACGACAGACCGAGCAGCGGCGGUGGCGGCAUGUCAAUGGACAUGAAGAGACGCAAGAUGCUUGAUGGCAGCGGGUCGAUGCCAUCACCCACUUUCAACCCCCCCAUGGCGCAACCUGCUUCUACCAUUCCUUCACAAAGACGGAGGUAA